GUCCCAGGAUCUGCCGGGGUCAAGGUGUGGACCCCGGGAGAGGACUGAGGAGAGCCCAAUCCCCGGAACAAUGGGGGGCCCACAGAGUCCGGCCCACCCCUCCUACCAGCACCGAGGGGCCCAGGGCUGUGGCACAACCUACACCCGAGGUGCGCCCUCCAUUCCCCUUACAGGGGCUCCAGGAACCGGGAGGCGAAGGCCCAGGUCUGAGGCACGUGUCCUCAGGCCACAGAGCAGAGGAGGCCCAGGCAGCGCCAGGAGUCAAGGUCCGUGGUCCCCACCUGUCACCCCUGCCCAGACUCCCGUCGGCGGCCCGACCCCAGUCAUCAGGGCCCUGGUCGAGAUGAGCGAGCUGCGCCAGCCUGAGGCUGACCUUCAGGCCCCAGUCCAGGCCCAGGGCCCCGUGGAGGCGCAGGUGUUCGGGGCUGCGGGCGAGGAGGCCGCCUCCCCCUCGUCCUCCUCCUCCCCCGUCGCCCCCUCCUUCUCCGCCUAUGCCGAGUCCUUGCCCCAGGAGGCACUUACUGUGCUGAUGGCUGACCUGGUGGCGUUCCUGCUCCUCAAGUAUCGCACCAAGGAGCCGAUCUGCAAGGCGGAGAUGCUGAAUAUGGUCCUCGGCGACCAUCGGGACCACUUCCCCGUGGUCUUCAGCCAAGCUUGCGAGUGCAUGCAGCUGGUGUUUGGCGUGGACGUGAAGGAGGUGGACCCCCGCGAGUGCACCUACGUCCUGGUCCCCACCCUGGGCCUCACCUGUGAUGCAGUGCUGAGCGAUGGGCAGAGGCCCAAGGCCGGCCUCCUGGUGCUGAUUCUGGGCCAGAUCGCCCUGUACGGUGACCGCACCCCUGAGGAGGAUGUCUGGGAAUUGCUCAGCAUCAUGGAGGUGUAUGUAGGGGAGCAGCACUGCAUCUAUGGAGAGCCCAGGGAGCUCCUCACCGAAGUGUGGGUGCAGGAGGGCUACCUGGAGUACCGGCAGGUGCCCCACAGCGACCCCACCCGCUACGAGUUCCUGUGGGGUCCCCGGGCCUACGUGGAGACCAGCAAGUGGCAGGUCCUGGAGCAUCUGCUCAGGGUCAAUGGAUGGGAUCUCAGGUCCUUCCUAUCCCUGUGUGCAGAGGGUGUGAGCGAUGAGGAAGAGGGGGCCUGAGCCAGAGCAGCAGCCAGGCUCCUUCCAGGCCCAAGUUCACUGGUAGGAAGUGAGGUUGGUCCUUCACUCUGAGUUUGAAGAGAGAGCGGUCGAGUUUCCAAGUAGCGAGGGCCCCUGCGAGUGGGGGGAACAUGGUGUGUAGCAUCUUUGGGUUCCUGUUGUGUAUGUUGACAUGGAAUAUCAUCUGUUUUCUUUAGGAAUUUUUCAAAUGUUAUUCGUUUUAAUGGAAGACUAAACAAGCUACAGUGUCUAACUUUGUGAAUGACUUUGAUUAGAAUGUGUUUAUAAUUACCCAGUUUAAGUACAAGAGUUUUGCUGUUUUGUAAAAGAGAUUGGGAAAUCUCCCAUUCCAUUUUGUGACCCUGAGGCAGAUAACAUGGAAUUGGAAUCAGAACUGCUCUGGAAGUGUGAAAGUACUUAGCAGUAAUAUAGAUGGGGGAAGAAUUAGAAAAAUAAAAGUAAUCGUAGUGAGUUUUUGCUUCUUAUCC